ACUCUGCCACUGCAUUACUGGUCCACGUGCUGCUGUUGUCAGGGAAACCCUUUACCGGUACCGGCUCACCUUCCACCACUGGAUUUGCACUGAAUAUUUUAAAAGCCCUUCUGCCCUCUUGUUACUCGUGUAUCUGUGGGGCAAUGUGUGUGUGUGUGUGUGUGCGUGUACUGUAAAGCUAGUGCCUGUGUGAUGUGAUUCUUCUGACAAGUUUACAGAAUAGGCCCAGCAAGAGAGAGGCAAGGCGGGGAAAAAGAGGGCUGCAGUAAGUGUGGUGACAGCAGCAUCUCUUGAGGAGUAAAGGAGUCGAGAGGAGUGCAAUCUUUCCAUCUUUUGGCCGAGCCAGUGUUGUGGAUUAAGUCUUCUUUUCUAAGCCAGACGACAAGAGCUCAUCCUCAGACUGUCGCACUCUUCGUCUCUUUCACUCUGUGUCUGCCUGGCACUGCCAUCGUAGGCAGUAUCUGCAUGGCACAGUGGGCAGCUCUGUUUUCUCUCUUUCACCCUCUCCCUCAUUAUUUCUCUGAACUUUAUUCUACUUUUCUUUAACCAUCUCCUUUUUUCUCUCAUCUAUCCAUUUCCAAAUUUAAUUUCCCCCAUCUCUACUUCUUUCUCUUGCAUCUCUCUCUUCUUUCUGCUGUCUCAGACACAGAGCAGCAAUGUGCAGCCAGAGGAAUUAGCUGUUAGCAUUAGCUGUUAGCUGUCUGCGUCUUCAUUGUGAAGAAGGCUUUCAGGGGUGACCCCGUCCACGGGCAUCUUCUGGCGUCCACCACCGACCUGCCCCCUCCCACCCACCCACCACUGCAGGGUGGGAUGGGCAGGGGUUGGGUGAGUUAGCCAGGGGCUCAAGGGUUAGCAACAGGGCAGAGGAUGCCAGAGAGUAAAGGACGAGAAAAAGGAGGAGGCGGAGGUGGCUGCGGGUGCUCCCAGGGCAAGUGGAAGCUGAGGAAGGGUGGCAGCCGUUCAGCCAUCCCAGCACUCUUCACCAUCAAUGAGGAGGAGGAAGGACAGAGACGGAGGGAUGCUCGCAGGAAGAAGAAAAAAGCGUCUUACUCCCUGUACAAAUCGGAAGAUGGCAGAGAGUCUUCAGCCACCCGACCCAGCUCCUCGGGCUCCGGGCAGACCUACACUCCCACUCUGACACCCACCCCGACCCCCACCCCCACUCCAUCUCGCACCACCACCAGCAUCAGCCCCAGUAACAAUGCUGCCACCAAAACAGACUCGUUGCUCUUCAACAAGAUCGACGAGAGACAGAGGUUAGCCCGUGAGCGCCGGGAGGAGCGUGAGAAACAGAAUGCUGUCAAGGAGGCCCAGUGGCAGCAACGUGAGGAGCGAGCCAGGCAGCACUAUGAGAAGCAGCUGGAGGAGAGGAAGAGGAGGCUGGAGGAGCAGAGGAUAAAGGAGGACAAGAGGCGGGCUGCCGUGGAGGAGAAACGACGGCAGAAACUGGAGGAAGACAAGGCUCGUCAUGAGGCGGUGAUGCGUCGGACGUUGGAGAGGAGCCAGAGAACCAGGCAGAAGACCAACCGGUGGUCUUGGGGAGGGGCACUGCACACAAACACUCCCAGCACGCCAGCCGAUGCUGACAGACGGUCAGUGUCCACAAUGAAUUUAUCCAAACACACAGACCCUGUUAUUACCAAGCGCCUCUCCUACUCCUCUGCCACGCUCCUACACUCACCAGACCGAGGCUUAAAGAUGAGAACAGGCUUACAGAUGAGAACAGCCUCCUCCCCUGUCAUUAGCAAAGCUCAGUCCAAACACCGCCUACACCAGGGAAAGACCAGCCAGCACAAAAACACAGGCCUGCGCCGCCUUCCGUUGACGCCAUGGGAGAGCAACGUUGUGAACCGGCUGCAGCAGCCAACACACUCCUACCUGGCUCGCAGCCGCAGCGCCAUGAGUCUGUCUGGAGAGCAAACAGCCAUUCCUGUUUGUCCUCGCUCAGUGUCCUGCCACCCCAUGGGCUCCAUGUCCUUCAAAGCCCUGCAGGCCCAGCCGCUUCCACACUGCCGCAGCCAGGAGAGGAAUCUCAGCAGGGGCACGAUCUCGUCGUCUGCCACGACUGUCCGCAGGAGGACCACCGGCACCACGCAGGAGAAGAAGGACCGAGACAAUGUCAGGAAGUCAUGGAGCAACUUGUCACUCCCAUUGGCUCCCAUUCUGACUUUGCCCCCCAGCAAGCGCUCCUCUUCUCCAGGCAAGAAGAAAAGCAAAGUGAGAGCACCCUCUCCUGGCAGGCCUCCGCAAAAGUCAGCAGGGCGCCCCCCGACCCCCAAGCUGCUUAAGUCUCCGGGGGCAGAGGACCCUGGAAAUCUUCGUCCUUUCAAGGUCACACCAGAGAGCCCCCAGCCCACCAGAGCUUCCGGAGAGGAGGAAGAAGAAGAGCAGGUCCUCAGCCCUCCUCUGCCUCGACCCCAGCCACUGGGUCAGAACAAGACCAGCAGCGAGCAGACACCAGCAGCAGCCAGCGAGAGUGCAGGCAGUCCUCCAGCCCACAAGCCCUCAGCAGGCACCACAGAUCCAGAGGAGGCGAGUCGUAUCCUGGCUGAGAAUCGUCGGCUGGCCCGCGAGCAAAGGGAGAGAGAGGAAGAGGAGCGCAAGCAACAGGAGGAGCAGCGCAGGUUGGCGCAGGAAGAGAUGGCUCGCCGUAAGGCCGAGGAGCGGGCAAAGAGAGAGGAGGAGGCUCAGCGGCAGGCGGAGGAGAUGAGACGAAAGGAGGAGGAGGAGAGGGAGGUGGAGAGGAAGGUGGAGGAAGAGAGACUUCAGAAAGAGAGAGAGGACGCAGAUCGACUCCAGAAACAGAAAGAGGAGGAGGAGUCUCGACAGAGAGAGGAGGCGGAGCGACUGAGGCAGGAAAGAGAGAAACACUUUCAGAAAGAGGAGGCUGAACGCCUGGAGAGAAAAAAGCGUCUGGAGGAGAUCAUGAAGAGAACAAGACGUUCAGACGCAGCAGAGAAGAAAGUUGUUCCAAACAGGAAUGGAGACAAUGCAGUGACCCCUGCUGCUCCCAGUCCAUCUACAGUGACUGCGUCACCGACACACAAUAGCAACGGCAAUAGUCGCCAACCGGACCCAAACCCCAACACCACAGCACUGAGCCUCCCUGACCUGAGGGAGAACGGGGAGUUUGAAGAGGUGAUCGUACUGCCUUCACAUUCCAGGUUGGCUCCUCCUGGGGGAGAGGAGCCGCAGCAGCAGCAGCAGGAGGAGGAGGAGGAGGAGGAGAGAGUUCCUGUCUUAGCCUUUAGGGAGAACGGUCUCCUAAAACCUCUAAGCGGAAUAGAGGACAUAUCAGCCCAGCAGGGACCAGAUGUUGCCUGAUGCCCCGUUACACCACGAUGAUUCCACACCCAGAGAGACAGGAAGUGAGAUGGCCAGAGAGAGGUAACACAGAGCUGUUGGACUGAAUCAAAGGAAGGAGUCGCAGCCGAACCCUUCCAGAGGUUUACUUUCUCACCCUCCCACGACAGAAGAGCACCUGCAGCCAUUUCCCAAAGAUGGUGUCUCCAAAGAUCUCCCUGAAGCGUCCCCAGAGAGAAGUUACUUUCUCCUCAAGAAUCUCUCUGGGGGACAGAUCGUCUCUCUGUCUCCGACCACGACGACACUCGCUCAUAAUGUUCUGUGUGCAGCCCCAACCAGCCCUGAUUCUGAAGCAAAUGUCCUGAAAUCACAGGAGGAGUGAAUGAGUGUUGUGUGUGUGUGUGUGUGUGUGAAUGAGAGACUAAUAAUAAUGUAAACUGAGAUCAGCUGUAAAGUCUUCAGCCAUGAUACUUGAAGAGAUUUUUUUGUUGCUGUAGAACACACUGUAAUCCGAUUGACAAAAUCAGAAAUGUGACGUUAUGACUGGAACUCGCACAACAGGCUCCGAAUUACAAGGUUUCAUUCGCUUUCUUUAACUGGAACCUCAUAAUUCUCACGUUCAAACAUUUCUAUUGAAAUGUUACAGAAAGAGGUGGGAUAUAGGAAUGAUGCCAGUGCAUGAAGUUGUAUUAAAACUGCAGGAAAGUAUCAUGUAAUGUAAUAUAUUUUGCUGUGUCUACAGUGUUUAAGACUAUAGAGGUUAUUAUUGGGGUGAGGCAGGGUGUUGGAGUAUCAUGGAGUUUAAGUUAAAUAACGACAAAAUGAAAAUACUGUUCUCAACCUGUGAGAAUUAGGGUGUAAACUACUGAUUUUUUUUUGUUUGUUUAGAUUUAUUUAAUUGCUGUACAGAUGAAAUGUGAUUAUUUGUUUCGUCUUCAAUAUUGUCUUUGUUUAAAUUGAGAGAAAAAAAAUAUCUACUUUGAAGUUAAGUCCUACGGAGGCUCAAAGGGGACAUGGAGGAGAGAAAAUAGAUAGGUGGAAAAAAGAGAUAAGUAAUGUGACUUUUUCUCAGUUGGGUGCAAACGUUUUGGGUUUGUUUUGGGGUUUUUUACCUAUUAUUUUCUCCCCCAUGUCCCCUUACUGGCUCCAUAAAGUUCUGCCCUUUACUUACAUUUGUUGAUCCUUUUUAUUCACCCCAUCAGUGCUGCGUCCUGUCACACUGUCUAACUCAGCCAGUGCUGGAGGACUCCGCUGUAGCUUAGCCACCUUGUGUUGGAGGUUGACUUUUGUUUUUUGGCUGAGCAAAUGCAAAAUUGAUUAAAAAUAAUUUGCAGGUGAUGUUAAUUCUGAAACAAUUUGAUCAUUUUGAUUUAAGAAGAAAUGCUGCUAAUUUUGAUGCUCCUUUGCCUUACGCAUCAUUGUAGAGAGAAUGAGGUGAAAUGAAGAAAAGCAUUCCCAGUGUGAGCUUUUUAACGUUCUGGACACAUGCCAUAACUCUCCUGAGGCUUCUGAUGCUUGAUUUAUGUUAAAAUUAUGAAAGUUCAUGAUGAAAUGUUAUGUCAGUUAUGUCACAAGAGCUAUAAUGUUAAAAAAUUGGUCCUUUAUGCAGCUUUUCACUAAUGAAAGACAAAGAGGGGAAUUAAAACACUGAAUAAACCCAAACCGUUAUCACACGUCUGUGAUAUUCACUUCAAUCUUUUCCACUUGACUUGCAGUAAUGCAGCUCUUAGCAUUUUCAAACCUUUGCACUUCUUUAUUCAAAUCUUGCCGUAACACCAAAAUGGAAGGACAUUUCACAAGGAUUACCCAUGUCUUGCUUAUGUAGUGCUGGUUUCUGCCAGUAGUACAGAACUGUUCAACAUCUUAACUUGACUGAGCUUGAAAAGAAAUUGCUUGUAAAUUACAUUAUACAUUCAUAUCCUGUAAGUUAUGUUUAAAAGUGGAUAUAUUUUACUAAGACUGACUGCACAGUUUUGAAAAAUAACUUGCCCUUCACUUCAUGGAGGGGCAGUGGGAUGAGAUCUCUGAACCACUGUAAAACUAAAAUAACUGUACAACUGUUGCAGCUGUACUGUUUGGCAAGUAAAUAAAACUUUUUGAAUUGAUUA